AGUAUGUUAUUAUUAUUUUUUUUUUAUCAAAUUCACAGACCGUUAACAGGCCGAAGAAUUAUUGACAUUUUGCAUUUUAUCAAUCAAAUCCAAAAGGUACACAGUGGUGGGUUUGAUUGUUCAUUUAUUGACAUGGAGUAUCAGAAAGAAACAUUUAUAGGAUUUCAGUCAAUUUUAACAUUUAAAUGUAAAGUGUGUAACAUCGAAAGUAAACUUUAUACUGAAAAUCCUAAAACAGUACAAGUCCCAAUCAAUAAAGCGACUGUUCAUGGCUGUCAAGCAAUCGGUAUUGGUCAUACACAGCUGUCGGAAUUGUUUUCAUUUCUUGAAAUCCCAUCGUUAUCGAUUAAUGGUUAUACGAAAAUACAAGAAAACGUAGCUGAUAUUGUGCAUGCCACAGCAUGGGAUGAAAUAAAAAAAGGUGGUGAGGAAGAAAAAAAAAUGGCGUUGGAGUGUGGUGAUAUAGACGUAGAUGGCACACCAGUUAUCACAGUUGUUGCAGAUGGGCAGUGGUCUAAACGCAGCUAUCGGACAAAAUACGAUGCCUUAUCUGGAGCAGUAAGUAUUAGGGUAUUAGUAUUAGUUUGCAUAUUUUUUAUUAAUCAUUCAAAACAUAACUUGUUGUUACAUAAAUUUGUUUUAAAGAAAUACAGUUAUACUGCAUAUUUAAUUAAGGCCCUCCGCACACUACGCGAUUGA